UUUUUUUUGUAGUUGUUUGGUACGCUCUCUCUCUCUCACACCCACAUUGUUCUAUUACGUUCUCUCUCUUCUCUAUUCCUCUUGCUACUCUCUUUCCAACUCACACUCUCACACUGUCGCUCAUCUUAUGGCCUCUCCUUCCCGAGCGCAGGACGCUGGGGCUUAUGCCGCCUCACUCACAGGAGAUCGAUACGACCCCUACAAUCCCGCCGUUUGUUGCCAGAUAAAAAACAAGACCAAAAAACCUCUCCCCUUCUUCUUCGUGAAAAUCACGGCAAUGUAGUGGCUGCUGGUUUGAUCCAUACACAACUUCAUAGGAUGCUGCUGCAGUCGCCAUGAUGACAGUCAUGGACGAGUCAAGCCAAAAGACUUAGAUCUAUAAGUGUGAUGUGACGACGUGAGGACUAACUCGGACUACAGCACCAAUCUCACAUGCAAUCGUUGGUGUGUUUGAUAUUUCCUUUCAUUCUAUUAUCUGGCAUUCAAUGCCCUACUGGCAAGUGUUGCUGUUCUAUUUGUUGCAGAUGAGCGGCUAAAUGCCAGGCAAGUUGUCUUCCAAACUGAAGGGCAUGAUAUUUGCUGACCGGCCAACCAUCAGGUCUGGCCGGACUUCCACCAAAGACGAUGCACAGAGAGGGCUCAUCCAUGAUGUCCAAGCUACCAACUGCUACACAGCGGGUCCAAGCACAGACACUCCCAAGGAGUCUGACGGCCAGCAGGCGUCCACCCCAAAGCGCCACGGCUCCACCAAGCACCGGCUUCACUGGCAGAAAGGUUACGUCCGGACAGACUCAGUGGAGGAGGACACAACUACACACGUCCGGGUCUGGGAUGACCUUAUGGGGGGCGGGGCUUGCAACAACGAACCAAUCAAACAGUCCGUGCACCACCACAACAGCACGCCCAUUCGGAGGCGGAAGGACCUGGGGGACACCAGCAGCGACGAGAGGGUGCUGCUGAACGUAGGCGGAGUUCGGCACGAGACCCACGUCAGCACACUCAAAAACAUUCCCAACUCUAGACUUUCAAGACUCGCCGCCCUGCACAUGUCCAGUGGGAAGGGCAAACAGGAGUAUUUCUUUGAUCGUCAUCCUGCAGUCUUUAACUCCAUAAUAGACUUUUACAGGACAGGUGAACUUCAUGUUCCACUAGAAGUGUGCGGUGCUGUUGUCAAGAGAGAGUUAGAUUUCUGGCAAAUAGAAGAACUACAAAUCAAGGCCUGCUGUUGGAGACAUUACAGGUCGUAUAUAGAGAACCAGAGAAUAUUGAAUUCCUUCAACAAAAGUUUGGAACACGAGCAGAUGAAAGUUGACCUUAGCAAUUUAACUGGAUGGAGGCUUGUCCAGAUGAAACUAUGGCUAGUUAUGGACCACCCCAGGACAUCGAGAAUGGCUAUGAUGUAUGGAAUAACGUCUUUCUUGUUUGUCACUGCGUCCAUCGCUGGCUUCUGCCUGGAAACCUUGCCCAGUCUUAAACCCAAAGCGGUCAAUGCCACCAACAGCUCCUGCUCGUACGCAGACGACAACAAAAUCAUUUACGUGGAACAUAAGUCAAAUGACGCUCUUAACGUCCUAGACUUUAUCUGCACUGUCUUCUUCACGCUGGAGCUGGUCAUGAGGUUCUUGGUCUGCCCCAAGAAACUUAGAUUUAUCCGAAACAUUAUGAACUUUAUCGACCUCCUGGCGCUCGUACCCCUGUACGUACAGGUCAUCUUCGAGCAGUCCGACCUGCACCAGAACUGUUACCUCAACGAGAGAUAUGUCUUCGAGAUCAUGUUCACGCUGAGGAUUUUCCGCAUGUUUCGCAUCUUCCAUCUGGUGAAGCACUACCAGGCCUUGAAGGUCCUCGUCUACGCUCUCAAGGCCAGCCUUCAGGAGCUCAUGAUGCUCUUCAUCUUCCUACUCCUUGCCAUGCUCAUCUUCGCCACCAUGAUCUACUACGCCGAGAGGGACUUUCUCACUGGCACCGGCAGCCGAACCCACUUUACCACAAUUCCCAUAGGCUUCUGGUGGGCCAUCAUCACCAUGACGACUGUGGGCUACGGGGACGUGGCGCCGUCCUCCCCCGUCGGAUACGUCGUGGGUACUGCCUGCGCCGUUUGCGGGGUUCUUUUCAUGGCCCUGACCUUUCCCGUCAUCUCCAACAACUUCACGCUUUUUUACGAGCACGUGAGGUCAAGGUCGCUGUCGCCGCGCACGAAGACAAUCAAACAGGAAAUCGAAAGCGAAGAGGACGAUGAAGAAGAAGAUGAUGUGGAAGAAAUGUACACGCCUAAACAGCCCCCAGAUUACGGCUCGGUGCUCUUAAAAAUGCAGACAAUGUCGUCUGUGAACAAUAAGCCUGCCGGAAUCAGCAACGGCUCCACAACGGCGAUGCCCGCCUGUGCAGUACAAGAUUCCACAGAAGACAAAGUUAAGCCAAGACUUAGCAGCGCGGUGAAAACAUGUUACGUGCCGCUUGCCAAGUUUAGUGAGAACUCUUCCAUGAUGGACAUCAUUCUACAGGAACCCACAGACGAUCUCUUUGGAACAAACUUUAAGCCGUUAGCACAAACUAAAUAGAUAGUUGACAAGUCUAAACCAAACCAUUAUGUAUGUAUUAUGUUAUAAACAAUGUAAAGCCUUGUUUUUUUUUUCAUCGCAUUUAUUUAGAUUUUUUUUCUACAAUAAACCAGUCUCUAUAAAUGUAAGAUACAUUUUUAAUGUUAACUUUCAGCUUUUUAAAUCUAAACUAAACUCAUUAGCUCCAGUUGAUCUAGAUAGCAUACAUUCAUCUUUCUCGCCUUUUACCAGUGUAGCCUUUUUUAAAAUCAAUUUUUCACUUGGAGCACAUCUUUUGAUUCGCUUUACUUUCCAGUUAUAUUUUUUUAUUAUACAGAUUCAAAACCAUUAGUUAAUUCAUAUGGUGGUGUAUUUUCAACCUAACUGGCAGAACUUCAAACCAACAAAAAAAUCUGCCUAUAAUGUUUACACUAAAACAACAGACUGCAAAAGAAAUGGAGGUGAAAUUUCAAGUUUUUUUUUUUUUUUUUCCGAGAAUUCGUGUUUACUGUUUAUAUUUCCUUGUAGCCUAACUACUGAAUCAAGCAAAACUAAGAAAUUGCAAUUGUAUCUUUUAAUAUUUACUUUUAUAUUCUUUUACCUUUAAAAUUGAUAUUUCUUAUAUAUUUUUUUUUCAAAAAUAUUUUACAAUCACAGAUAGAAGAAAGAUCAAUGUAAAGUCUAGUAAUGAAUAACUUGUUUCUAGGAAGGGCUGAAACAUGAUCUUAUAUUUGAGUCACGUGUUUCUCCCGUAUGUAGACAAGUGUUAGUUGCCAAGUUAUGCUAGCAAAGUAUACAGUAUACAGGAAAUCAAUGUUUUCUAUGGUGAGGCAGAUCUCAACCCAGACAUUGGUGUGAACUAAAUAGAAACACGUUAGAUCUUAAAGAGCUCAAUGUAUUCUGACUGUGUUUGGGUCAAGUGGAUGCUAGUUUUGCAGGAAACAUAAUUGAUGUGUGGAUAACUUUAAGAUUCCAUCCAGUCGUUGCUGGUGUCGAUGGCACAAUGUUGAGUAUAGCUUGAAAAGUAAAACUAUUGUUCGUAGGUUGUCAUCAUACAAACUCUAUGGAAUCCUUCAGUCAUGAAGCGACUAGGGAUAAACUUGAUCAAAAUGCCUGUCUCCCAAACAACAGUUCACUCCCCUCUUCCCCACCAAGCUGAUGUAUCCAAAGGAACAGCAAGUGCUGAUACAGUUUGGGGUCAGCCCUUGUGUACUUCUUGAUUUUUCCUCAGGAUUGACUCCCAAGGUCUCUCCUAUAGGUAUAGCUGCAACGCAGCAGAAGUUUUCCUUCUCCUAGAUGGGGAGCCAACCAACGAGCCGAUCCUGGUUUAGAUGCCAUAUAUUCGCCUUUACCCCCUUCUCCUGUCAGUAAUACCAGUUCUCCUCGGAUCAAUUCUCUGAGCCGCUCGUCAGUUGGACUGGUAGUCACAGGCUUUUUGAGACGCAUGCUAUUGGAAGCAUUUGAUAGGUCAGUGUCGUGCUUAUUUCCAUUACAACUUCUGGCAAUAAAAACCUUACAUACACAGACAGUCAAAAAUACACACAAAUUUUGACAAAUACACAGACUCCAUAUUAAAACUAUUAGAGUGUAAGUUUGACAAUGCUCUUUCUACUACGUUCAUACGGCAGGAUUAGGUACAUCUUGAAUGUGUGUAUCGGCAUACGAUAAUACUCACUGUACAUGUGUUUGUCAAUGCGAAGAAAUGAAUGUGUUAAAAGUUGCUAUACAUAUGUGCGAGUGGGUCAAUUAUGUUUUUUUAAAAAGCUUGUACAUAAUCUGUUCGUUUUGUUUUGUUUGGUUGCCCAUUUUAUUUCCAAUGCUGUUGAGUUCAUCCGUGUGUUUUUAAAAAGACUCAAAUAUUGUGGGUAUGAGUUCACAAAAAUAUCGCUGAGAAUAUUUGCUCAAAAAAAUGCGGGAUGAUAUUCAACGUCCCUCCCUCCCCCUUCCCAAGAAACACCCAGUCACGUGAUCUAGCUCUCUCCUCUACGCCUGUAGGCUAUAUUAGGAUAAAACAAUGGGCUUUAUGGCUUAGAAAUCAUUUUACCAUUUACAGUCUGAAUUCGUUCAUUUCUGGUAACACGUGUAUAGUUUGUAUAUCUAAUUAUUUAUAGCAAAUUCUGUUCAUUGACUUUAAUCAAUAUAUCUUUUUUUUUGUUUGUAACAUAAACUUUGUUACGGUCUAACGUAUACUUAAGGACUAAUGCAAAUCCUGCUAUUUAGACGGUAGAAUGAAUAACUAAGGAGAAAAAAACACUAUUUAUUUGUUUGAAAUUUGUUUUUAAUGUAUGUAAUUUGUUAUGAUUUCUAGACCUUCACUUUUUGUCAACCUAAACCAAUGCUCAAAAUUAAAGUUUUAUGUUAAUCAAACUCA